AAUUGGUAGCCGGUACAAUUUGGUUAAAAUCAGUUGAGCAUCACGCGAGCCAUUGCCGGAAGCGGUACUUCUCCGCAAGACCUCUUGCAUAGCUCAGGCACUUAGCUCAAACCUAAAAGAUGGCUAUAUUCUUCCGCCACGGCCAAGCUGAUCAACAUACCCGUGUUCGGUGACUGGAUAUUGAAGUAUUGGCUAGGAAAUCUUCUCACGCGACUAUCUUCCUAUUCCAAACACAAACACCGAACUGGCAAGGGGCCUGGCCGUUGCAGACUCAGGCCCCCUGGUCUGAACAUUGCAGCGCAAGGGCCAACUUACAUUUCCGUCACCGAAGGCUGCUGGAAUUUGUUUCUCAACGGCAGAGCCGGACUUCCGGCAACCUGCUGAGACGACGUAUUAUCCGGACAAUUCACAUUUGCGCCUGUUGAUGAAUUACCACCUUGCAUAUGAUGGAUGAAAUUGCUGCCCAAGCUGUAUUCCCUACACCCGGGUCUCAGGCAGAGAAAUUGAACAUCAUGGCGCGCUGGUCUAAAUUAUUGCAUGCGACUGCACUUGGUCAUCAUAACUAUCGCCCGAACUGUUAGGCUGGUUAUAACCAAAUGGGUGACUAAUGAUGUCGUACAUCGUCCCGAUGCUGAUGAAAAAUAAUUAAGAAUGUAUUCCAACGGUAGAAGUCGGAAGUGCGGAGAAGUAGCCCUACCAAUCACAGCGGUGAUGCAACUGGCGCCCUCCGAAGCCUUAUUCCCGACAACAUGACAUGGCGCUGACACACACCUUCUUCCGAAGGACCAACCGACAUCGCGCACCCGUCGCUUCCGGGAGACGAUAUCUUUUCAGGAUUCGCAGCAAUAUCUUCUGAAGGAGCACUUGUAGAAUAGACUGCUACUAUGGCGGCCUCAAAAGAUACAGACGGCGUACAGUCUGCCCCCGCUCCAUCGUCGCUGCCACUAGAACAUCUCGAUGCUGGCGCGAAGCUCCCAAGUCUACCGGCAAACACAUCCGAUGACGAGGAAAUUGACGGCGGGUUCCUUGCAUGGACACAGGUUGCCGCAGCAUUCGCGCUCUACUUUAAUCAUUUAGGCCUGAUAACAAGCUUUGGUGUCUUCCAAACAUAUUAUACAACACAUUUAUUACAAAAAACAUCCCCUGCAGCGAUCUCAUGGAUUGGAUCUAUCCAGGUCUUUUGCCUCAUGGCAGUCGGAGUCGUAAUUGGCCCACUAUACGAUGCCGGGUACUGUCGAGCCUUGAUCUUUGCUGGGGCGCUCCUCGAAGUAGGCGGGUUUAUGCUCACAAGCAUCAGCACCACAUACUGGCACGUCAUUCUGGCACAAGGCGUCUGCAUUGGGCUGGGUAUGUGCUGCAUCUCUAUCCCGUCCAUCGCUAUUGUGCCAAUGUACUUCCGAACAAGACGAGCCACAGCAAUGGCCACCGCCACUGUUGGCAGCGGGCUAGGCGCAACUGUAUAUCCGUUGAUAUUUCAGGCCGCUAAUAAAAGCCUUGGGUUUGGAUGGGCUGUCCGAAUCAUGGGCUUUAUUGUCCUGGUGACGUGUGCAUUUGCGUUUGUCGUCAUCCAGCCGCGCAUUCGCCGGGCCAACAUUGCACAUGAAUCGAAGAACAUGUCGCUUCAAUUUUUCAUCGACAAGACAGCAUUUAGAGAGACAACAUAUCUUUUGUUUUGCGUUGGAAUCUUCUUCAACAACAUAUCAUUCUUUAACCCGUCAUACUAUGUCCAGAGCUACGCUUUGUCGCAUGGCAUGUCUGAAGCAAAUGGCGGCUUGUACAUCCUCUCAAUACUCAACGCAUGCACAAUCCCCGGCCGUAUAAUACCAUCCAUGAUUGCAGACCGAGUUGGUGGCCUGGACACCUUCAUUGUCGUAUGUGGGCUCUGCUCGGCAUGUAUCUUCUACUGGAUCAGUGUCGAAAACGCAGCUGGCAACAUUUCCUUUGCGGUCUUGUAUGGCUUCUUCUCUGGGAGUGUGGUGUCACUAGCCUCUGUUGUACUGACUAGUAUUACGCCGGACCUGCGCCGACUUGGAACACGAAUCGGCAUGGUGUCGAUUCUUAAGGGUAUCGGGUCCCUGGUAGGACCACCCAUCUCGGGAUCCAUCAUCAACGCUACGGGAUCGUAUCUAGGGGUGCAGCUUUUCUCUGGGUUUGGAAUCAUGUUGACGGCGGUAUUUUCCCUUGCCUUACGCAUAGUAAUUACUCGAAGAGCCCUAGCGAAAGCAAGACAACUUGAACACCUGGGGCUCGGUGCAGCUGGGCCAUAAGUUAGUGCUAUGGUUAGCAAAGUAUAUAUAUUAAUUCCUGUUCCAUAUAUUCAUCUAGCUGUCAUUACCAGUCAUGCAGUGUCCAAUAGCACGAUAUAUUAUAAAAAAAGACACUCUAUGCCUUGGCCGCUUUCCAUGCCUGGUGUAUAAUCAUGCCUCCCAAUAACACCAUCCCAUGAAUAGAGAUAUCCUGCCGGCCCGACCACAACUGCCAGCCCAACCAACACGAGGCGCCGAGUUCAAUUACACCAAGCACUGCCAACAUUAUACCCGCCAAGAUCGGCCCGCUCUCCGCCUUUGCUGUAGGAUGGCUAUUGCCAUCGCUAGUACUGCUCAGGGCGAUGGCACCAGCCACAACCAACACGGUGACCUGGACAUGGAGCUCGUAGGGAAGCUGAAUAAAUGAUACUGCCAGCCAUGCCAGCAAGGAGACUAGCAGCGCGACCAGCUUCAAGUUUCCUCUUGCUACCGGUUUCUGGCCCGAGGAGGAUUUGCUGUUGCUCCAAAACGACGGCUUGUCGUUCUUUUUGAUAGCGUCGUUCGAAGCAUCCUGGCUCAGACUAAAGCUCUGACCGAGCAAGUCUGCGAGGGAACUAGCCUCGUCGUUUUCUUGCUUGGCAAAGAAGCUAGGGUUCUUGAAAGUCACAUCUGCGCGAUCCGCUGCCACAUUUGAUGAUGCGUUUUGCUUCAUCGCACUGCUAAAGAAGACAUCUUCAGAUGCCAUCUUUUUGCGCAAUGUUGGCUUGUUUGGUGGGUUUCGAUGUCUUUGGGCAGGGUUCGUUGGCGCCGGAGGGACUUUGUACCAAAAGGUAUUGCCAUUCGCUUGCGUCGGCGCCUCUCCAAAGGAGCCUCUUGUUUGUGGUCUUUGUGGCGACGAUUGCAAUGCUCGAUACGGUGAUGUAUGGCUUGGGGACCAGUCCAUUUCAUCCUCGUACUGAGGUGGCGGGGCCUGCGAGUUGAGAAGUGUUGGGUCGCUGAAAGAAGUCUGGAAGCCAUUCGGAGAGUGGCUGUUGAAUGGGCUAUUGGAGGCAAAUAGCUGAAUGGGGCUGCUAUUUGCCGUAAUGGUAUUGUGUUUUGUGGGAGUAGAAUCGAGCGCUUCGCUGAAUAGUUCGGAAAAUGUCUUUGAGUCGUCCUCCUUGCGCUUCUCAGGCGACAUCUUCUUGCGUCGCAACGGUGUUGUCUCUUCGGUUUUAAAUAGUGGUGUCAUGUCAAUUUUGACGGAUCGUGAUGCGAGAAUAUACAUCUAAUUUACACGUUAGUUUCAGUUCGAAUCGAAAAGAGUAGAAGCUUCUUACAAGGCUCAUCACAGCCGCGGUGACGGCAUGUACGGCUAUUUGGGCAGACUUGGGUCUUGCAUCUCCAGCCUCAAUGGACGAAACACCGCGCGACAGAAUUCGAAAGAAGAUAAUAAGGCCCUGAAACGAGUACCACUGGGUGAGACCGAGAAUGUGCCUGGUGAAUCCACGAUUGACUUGGACGAAAUGGGGAUUCCACCAGACGCAUAGUAUGCCAGCCGUGAUACUCGUCCUAAUCAAGACGUCUUGAUCUGGUAGCAGCGCAACAGCAUUACGCAGGGCAGCAACGGCCUUGGUGUCUAUGCUCGAAUCGUCAGGAUCGUACAUGCCAUCGCUCUGGUGUUCUAGCGCAGCCGAUAUAUGCACCAGAUGCCACAAUAGUUCAGUCAACAGGCCAGUGACCCAGAGAGACCUGCCGGUGGAAUUGACCCAGUCGAGGGAACUCGAAGUCUUUGUAACCUUGCGUCCACGGGUCCUAUCCAUCAUGCGACGCAGAUGAUCGGUUCGGGCAGUGUAGCCAGCCUGCUUGAUGCGCUGCUGGACCCUUUCGUCGCAUUCCUCGCAUACUUGAGGAUACCGCUUCUCCAAGCUGCGUCUGUAUUUAUAAUAGUUGCGAUCGAGUUCUGCGUAAUCAGGGUGGUUCGGAUCGUCGGGGAGAUACUGCGCCAAUGACGCAGUAAACAGCCGCUGGUUCUUGAGGCAAGUCUCGCAGAAGACGCUAUCCGGCGCGGAAGACUGCCUCGCUGAGGUCUGCGUGAUGUAUUGUGUCGGAGGAGCUUCUCGUUCCGUAGCAACAGGAGGGUCUGUAAUCUCGCCGUUCUGUAUGACGGUUAGCAUUGGCCUACGUCUAUCCAUCAGCCGUGAUGACGUACCUGAUCUAGGUAGUUGGUCGCAUCGCAUUUCAGGCAGAGGAAUUCGCGAAUCGAUCCAUCAAACUUGAACGCAGCUCGCUUGCCACAGUAGAAGCAGUUGAUAUUCUUAGGUCUCCCGAAUCGCGCCAUCAGUACAGCAGUGCGCGUGAAGCAUGAAGGCGAGAGAAGAUGGUGGUAUGAUGGUUCGUGAUGAUGUCGAAGGAAGUGUAACAAGAUGCACGCGUCGAAUGCUGAACAGAAUAAGCAAAGCAAAGAAACAGGCUCAAACAGAACGAUGCCGCAAAUGAAGUGUGUUCACAAAUAUAAUAUGGUUUCAAAAUUCCAAAU